ACGAGCUGGCUAAUGAGAGCAUUCUCUCUGAGGAAGGGAAGCCAGGGAGUGGCUGGGUUCCAAAGGCGCAGUGAUGUGGAACAGAACCAGCACAGUUCUCUGUGCCUUUGCCCUCCUGACAGGCUUCCUGACGGUCUGUCUGGGGGCCUUCUUCAUGUCCUUGGGCUCCAGCAUCAGCUGUCAGAGGAACCUGAUCCUGGCCUAUGUGCUUCUGCCUCUGGGGUUUGUGAUCCUUCUGGGUGGAAUUUUCUGGAGCACCUACCGCCAGGCAAGUGGAAACAAAGGGAUGUUCAGCCACGUGCUCAGACAACACCUUGCUCAUGGGCCUGAGAUCCUGGCCACAGUGGACAGGCCAGAUUUUUACCCUCCUGCUUAUGAAGAAGGUCUUGCUGCUGAAAAGCAAUCCUAUUCUGCAGAGCAGGAGGCCAUGGAUAUUCCUCCACCUCUGUACACAGAGAGAGACCUUGAAUUUGAGGAUGAAAAUGAUGCUCACCGUGAGGCGCCCCCAUCCUAUGACAACUCCGUGGUGGACAGGGCAGCGGCAGCAACACCGACGCAGGACACCGAGAGGCAAAGUCGGGAGUGCUGAGGCAGGGGGAAGGUCUGCACUACGCAUGACGCACCCUCAGGAGAUACAGCUGCUAACAAUAAAAGCAGGCGAGGGACUGUGGGAGGAAAAGCCAGGUCAAAAACCCUGCAUGAGAGCUCCCCAAGGAAAUCAUGACUCUGUAAGAAAUGUUGCCGGCUUUAUUAUAUUUAACAUUUAAUUCCAAGAGGAGAAGUUGGAAUGGCAGGGUGGUGGCAAGAGACACAGCCUGAUGCUUUAGAGCUGGGACAAGAGACUGCAUCUCUCUGGGCCUCAGUUUCCUCUUCUAUUGAGUGAAGAAUUUAUGCUGGGGUUAAUACCUAACCAUUGUGGAAUGCUUUUUAUAUGGCAGCCUACAUACUAUGAACUCUGCUUUUUAUUUAGCUCUCAUUAUAACCUUCAGAGAUGGGUGCAAUGGUUGUUCCCAUUCUACAGAUGCAUACACUGAGGCUUUGACAAGUUAAGACUUUCCAAUAACAUGCAGUUGUUUUCGGGAGGAUGGAGGGGGGUCUGUAGAGGGGCAUGGGGGGAUAUAUUCACUUCCAAUUUUUGUGCUGGGUUAACCCUGUCUUACUUCCCUCCUCACAGGGAGCAGCUUGGCCUUCCUUCCCUCUUCAGAAAAUGGGCCCCAACAGGAUGGAGCCCAGGGUUGCUGCAAGAGUUAAAGGCAGCAGAGGUUGCUUUAGGGUUUGUCUGCUAGAUUCUUUUUUAAAAUGUAAAUAAGGCCUCCAGGUUUUUUGCCCUGGAGCUUGGCCCUCACCUAUGGGUAGAGUUUCCUUUCCUCUGAUGUUCCACUGAUGAUGAAAGAUGGUCCCUAGCAGUCACAGGCAGCUGUUGGUGACUGGGCACCAACACACAGGAGGGGCUUUGGGUCCCGAUGGGAAGGAUGAAGAGCUCCCCAGAAGGAAGGGGGUUACUGAGAUGGGAUGGGGCCCCAAGGCCUUCUCUUCCCCGUUAGGGCUGAAGGCGCAGAUGAAGCGGGUCCUGAUGAAUACACAGAAAGCCACGUAAAAGGAAAUCCUGGUCCCUUUACAGAAGCAUGAACUUGGGCAUCUGGGAUUUAAAUCCUCGAUGUCAGGGGUGUAAGUGGGCACGCAGGUCACUCGAGGUUGUCCGACAGGGAGGUGAUUGUCUGUUAGCUAUGCAGCUUGUUACUUCUCUUUAAUCAUCUCUUUCCGUCCCUCCAUUGAGACACUGUCUGGAAACUUCCCGGGCUGAGCUAAGCGUCUUCAAGGCCUGAACUGCUCCAACCCCGGGCUUUCACCCAGAGUUUGCAUUGGUUACGGAUGGUUUUUCCAACUACUGGGAGGCACGUGAAACAAAUGUUAAUUUUGGUUUACAUAAGAAAAUUGUUUUAAUAUCCUUCUGCAAUAAAUUUUUUACUUAAAUUUU